AUGAAGAUUGAAUUGUGUAACUUCAGUGGCUUCAAGAUCUACCCAGGUCGUGGUAAGAUUUUCGUCAGAUCUGACAGUAAGACUUUCCGUUUCAUCAAUGGUAAGUGUGAAUCUUACUUCCUUCAACACUUAAAGCCAUCUAAGCUCGACUGGACUGUUGUUUUCCGUCGUCUUCACAAGAAGGGUAUUAGUGAAGAAGUUGCCAAGAAGAGAACUCGUCGUACUGUUAAACACCAACGUGGUGUUGUUGGUGCCUCCUGGGAAGCUAUUAAGGCCAAGCGUAUGCAAAAGCCAGAAGUCAGAGCUGCUCAACGUCAACAAGCUAUGAGACAAAACAAGGAAAAGAAGAAGCAAGCUCAAGCUGCCAAGAAGGCUGAAAAGGCUAAGAACGUCGCUCGUGGUGGUCCAAAGCAAAAGAUCAGCAAGCAACAAGCUCGUGGUGCUGCUCAAAAGAUCCUCCCAACUUCUCGUUAA